AUGGAAUCCGUCUCGCUCAAGUCGGGAUGGUUCUCCGUGAAGUGUGCUCGUGUUCGUAAGGUCGAAAGUCUCGGGCGAUCCUACGUCGAUUUCGCCGUUCGUGAACGUCCGUGGAAUCUCGCACAGGGACACCUGUGGAACAAGUUGAGGGGAGAUGGCCUGGCCAUUCCUCACUCGUGCCCCACGGGCAGUGGACUAGUAUCUUUGGACACACAACCGAUUGAUGCGGUAGAUUCCUGUAGCGACACCAGUGAGAUCUGCUCUGAAGUACCAGACGUCAAGCACUCUGGAGGGAUUCCGGGAAAAGAGUGGUCUUCGUCCUCAUCCUCCGGGUAUCACAGUGGCAUCGGCACGUCCGAGGUCAGUCACGGCGACCAUCUGGGCUUCGAUAACUCACUGACUAGCGACGAGGCCACUGACGAAGAUGACGACGACGACAGCGACUGGGGAGAGGACGAGUGGCCCGUCGAUAGGGCCCUGCCCUUGCCCGAGUGGGGAUGCGAGAGACCGGAACUCAACUUCGGGAGUCUCCAUCUGUACUACCAGUUCUUGAGUCACGUCGGGAGUCACUUGGAGAGAGCUUUGGCGACCCAGUGCUACGACACCCUGUCGAAUUUCAUUGCGUUUGGGAAAGAGUACCAGAACCUAAGAGGAGAAUAUCCGGCCCUGGAAGAGUUUUAUCGUGAUUAUGAUCCACCUUUAUUGCCUGGAAGGUAUACCUGUGUUGGUCUGUCCUGUGAUCUAGCCACUACACUGUCCACGCUGGAAGUGCAGUACCCAGGUCUGAAAGAUGCUGUUUAUCAGGUAUCAUGUGAAGAGGAAAUUGACAACGUCGACUGGUACUGCUCCAACGGCGUGCCACCAGUAACGACCUGCGAGAAAGAACACGUCCUAAUCUGUAUUCGAAUCCGUAUCCACGGCCGCGCAGGCGUAGUAUUAUUGGACCCAGGCUACCACAUAGGAGAGGCCAUCACCGUGAUGGAGGACGGAAUGACGCCCCAGUCGGGCAUCAUAAGGGCCAACACCACUAGGCCUAAUGUUCUUCGCAAGUACCAGUAUCAUUACCACCCGGACAACUCGUCCUUCGUGGCUUGGGAUGUGGUGGAAGAGCGAGAUGGCAAAGUCACCCACAGCCACACCAGCCUGAUUCACAUCGCGAGACCGUUCCUGUCUGGUGUAGACAUAGCCGAGAGGAGGAACUUGGUCUACCACUUCAAGACCCUGCUGGCCCGCGAGUCCUCUGGUAAACUGAAGUGUGGGUUGUACUUCCCGCUCCGUCAGUGCCACGAGACGAACGUCACGUUCUUCCACUGGGCUGAUGAUGGCCUCCGUCACACCAAAGUGCCUCUUACCUACUUCAGCGAGCAACACAACGCUCUUGCGAGCGAGGAAAGGGACAGCGAGACUGAAACGACUCUGGCAAUAGUGGCUGCAGGAACUGGCAGAAGCGUUGCUGACUUGAGACUAUCCUUGGAGAAUGUGGCAAGCCUUUGUCAGGACGCAGAAUUCAUGAGUCAGCUUGCAGAACUGGAGGAGGCUAUAGUCAGUAUCAGCAAGGACAAUUAAUGGAAGCACAAUGCGAGAAGCACCACAAUCAAAGCUGUAUUUUCUUUUAUUGUUGAUUUCAAAAGGGGGAAUGUGUUGUUGAUAUGAUGUUGUUUUCGCAAACCUUUUUGAACUUUUUAAACUUCAGUUACGUUUAUCUACUUGUAUUGGUGGGUGUAGAAAUGUACUCUUGUAUUGGCCACUGCACUUUAUUUUGUUUACUGCAUGAAAUACAUAACGGUAUUUAGUAUGUACUUAAAGGUAACUUUUUAUUAGCAUUCCCCAUGUUUUUAAGUAUUCAGUUAUAGUAGCCUCAAAUACAUUGUGGUAACAUUACGUGCACACGUAAAUGAAAAGCAAAGCAUGAAUAAAGAGGGGAGAAACUUGC